AUGGCCCAGGGUCUGUUGAAGAAAAGCAAGCCUGCUACGGCAACCGCUAAGCGAUCCUCGCUCGCAGCUUCCAAGACGAAGCGCGGUCCGCGACAGAUUGCGCCGAAGAAACAGGCUCUUAUUCGACAGGCGAAGAUGACCAAGAAACUCACCUCCGGACUGGUCACGAAGACGGAACGCAGUCUUGCUACCAAGGCGGGUCAUUUGGAGUUGCUGGCUGGUGGUAAGAAGGAUAAGGCUGACAAGGCCAAUAAGAAGAAAUAA